CAGCAAGAGCUUGGUUUGCAUUGCAUACUAAGAAUUGUGUUAAAUCCUUUCCAAAUAGAUAUUUAUCCUUUGGCUCCAAGGCUCCAAGUGAAGAAGAUCCUUCUAAUCAGAGAAAAAAAGAGGGACGAAUGGCUGAUCAACUUUCAAAUGAGGCAGACAGAGAGGAUGGAGCCAAUGAGUUUAAAGAGGAAACAGCAUUGAGAAGGAUUGAUGUGGGCAGCCCAGUUGAAAUCAUUAGAAGGGGUUUCUAUCACUUCAAGACCACUGAAUUUGACAAGUUUCCUGAGUAUUUCGAAGAACUUGCUAAAGGCCAGAAACCCCAAUUUUUGGUGUUCGCCUGCUCAGACUCCCGAGUCUGUCCAUCUCGUGUCCUCGACUUUAAACCAGGACAAGCUUUCAUGGCUCGUAACAUCGCUAACUUGGUCCCGGCAUUUAACAAGGUCAGAUACUCGGGAGUUGGCGCGAUCAUUGAAUAUGCGGUCACAGCUCUUGGGGUGGAGGUCAUUUUGGUCAUCGGACACCGUCGAUGUGGUGGGAUUAAGGAACUUAUGGACCUUCCCGCCGAUGGGGCAACUUCCAAUGACUUCAUACAUGACUGGAUCAAGAUUGGUUUACCAGCAAAGGCCAAGGUCGAAGCCGAGCUUCCGGAUCCAAAAGAUGAAGAAAAAUACGCGAGAUGUGAAAGGGAGGCAGUGAAUUUGUCACUUGUGAACCUACUCACUUACCCAUAUGUGCAAGAUAGGGUGGCUAAGGGAACUCUGAAAUUGAUGGGUGGACACUAUGAUUUUGUCAAUGGAAAAUUUGACCUUUGGGGCAUUGACUUGGACAUUAAACCCCUUCUCCACAUCUGAGUUUCCAACUCUAUCAUUAUGGUCCUGCUUUUGUUGUUGUUGUUGUUUUUUUUUUCUUCUCAAGUGUGUUUUUCAUGUUUUGUCGUGAGCAAUAAUUUACUAGGAAUAAGGGUAGAGCAGGCUCUUCAUGCUCUCUUCCAUAUGUUUGUGUGCCCCAAUAUUAGUAAUGUUUACUUUCUUA